AGCCCAGAAACACUUCCACGCACAUCCACACACAUACAGUCAAGCCGAGCUCCUCUCCGACAGCGGAGAGAGCGCACAGAGGGAUAAACACAGGGAGUCCAGAGGAACGCGGCAGCGGCUCUCCUGUGUGUGUGUGUUUGUGUGUGUGUGUGUGUGUGUGUGUGUGUGUGCGUGCGUGCGUGCGUGCGCACGCGCGCUCGCUUCGCUCGGUGCUCGAGACGACUAGCGGGGCGGAACAUGGAGGGGCUCGGGAAAAACGCUGGGAAGUGACCUCGAACCGAGGAGAAAUUGGGGAAAACGGACAGAGAGAGCGAGAAGAAGGACAUAACGAUAGACGGAGAGCUCGGACGGAAAGGAGGAGAGGAAGAAAGAAAGAAAGAGAGAGAGAAGUCUGACAGAGGAGGAAGAAGAGUGGGAAAGGGGUUCACCUGGAACUCAAGAAUUUUAAGGAGUGAGCCCUGGGCUGGAUGGGACCCACUAUGCCCCCCAGUAAGAAGGCCCAGAGCCCCAGCAGUGGAGCCAGUGCUUCGCAGGGCAUGAGCCCGCCCUACCGGCAGGGGGAUGCCACCGCUGCAGCGUCUGAGGCCGAGGCAGCCGACCUCUCUCUCUCCUUGUCUGCCUCCUUCUCCAAGGCCGAGGACGAGGAGCUCACCAGCCUCUCCUGGCUCCACGAGAGCACGGACCUCCUCAACAGCUUCAGCCACUCCGGGCUGCGUAGCGUUUCCCCUCUGCAGGAUCCCGACAGUCAGCACCCCCGUUCGCCCUCCUCCUCGUCCCCGUCUCCAGACGACGUCCUGCUCGCCGAUGCACACUCGGCGUACGACUUGGCGGCGGGGACCAACCGGAAACCUCCGUACUCCUUCAGCUGCCUGAUCUUCAUGGCCAUCGAGGAUGCGCCGAACAAGCGGCUGCCAGUGAAGGACAUCUACGGCUGGAUUCUAGAGCACUUCCCUUAUUUUGCAAAUGCUCCAACAGGCUGGAAGAACUCAGUGCGGCACAAUCUGUCGCUCAACAAGUGUUUCAAGAAGGUGGACAAAGAUCGCAGUCAGAGCAUAGGCAAAGGCUCCCUGUGGUCCAUAGAUCCAGAGUACAGGCACAACCUGAUCCAGGCACUGAAGAAGACGCCAUACCAUCCUUACUCACCCAGCCUGGCCGUACCUUCCACCUCCCCGCCCACCCUGCCUCAAACAUUUCACCACAGUCCUCCAUUGUGGUCGGGGAGCCCCAUCUUCAGAAAGAACGGAGGAGUUCUCCUACAAGUUCCUCGCAGUGUGAUCCAGAACGGAGCUCGCGUCAGGAGCCAGGCCCUCUUCCCUGUUAUCAGACCCCUGCCCGUAAGCCCUGUGGGGAGCAGAACCUCGGCUAUAAGAUCAUCCCUGGGAGAUUAUCUUAGCCGGGGAAAGGACAGCCCAUCAUGCUACUCUCCUCCCCCCUGUGACGAGGACCUCCAGGACGACCACACAUACAGCACUGCCAAGUCCCCCAGCAGACUAUCCUCCUCCCAGGUCACCGACCCUUCCUCCCCGCUGGAAGACGACGACAUCAUCGCUGUGGAGAUCCAGUCGGACGUUAAGCCUGAGCCCCGGGAGAUCCCGCUGGAUUCUCACAUCGCCACAGCUGCUGCUGCCGCCGCCUACAUUUCCCAGCAGCCCUUGCGCGGACAGAGACGCAGCUCAGUGGCUGGAGCCGGGACUCUGCCGGGCAGUAGCCUGCCCUGGACCAAAAGCCGAGCGAGGGGCAUUAGCGACACGCUGCCGCUAAAGAAGCGACGUGCGCUGGAGAAGCCACCGGAGAGCGACGACGAGGAGAUGAAGGAGGCGGCAGGGUCGCUGCUCCACCUGGCAGGCGUCAGAGCCUGCCUCAACAACAUCACAAACCGCGCCGCCAAGGGCCAGAAGGAGCAGAAAGAGACCCUAAGAAACUAAGAUCCACAAACACAAAUUCAGACAGCUCAAAGCACGCAUACACACACAUCAACGCACACAUGUACACAAAUAGGUCAACAGGUAACGUUAUUACAGCAUUAGUCUCAACAGACACUCGUCAUCCCCCUCUAUCUAUCUGCAGGGCAUUAGGUGAAUCCUACCUAUUUGUGGCAAUAUCAAAAAUCAAUGUUUUCCUACAUGUUCAGCAACACUAACACCGAUGGGUAUCUCUCAUGUGUCUGUUGUUUUUGUUGUUUAAAAAGGGGAUGAAAGCCAUAAAAAAGCAUGUUUUGUCGCUAAUUUGGGCGAGCGGAGGAGCUGUGCUGCACGGCGAGCGGAGGAUGGCUGUUUGUCUUACCUGUUUUUGUUUAGUUUUUGGGUUUUUUUUUUUUUUUUGUUUCUUCCACAUUGAAUCUGUAGCAAUCUCUCAGCGAUGCCAGCAUAGGUGGCGGAGCCCCAGCGCUCCCCCCGGGGGCAUCGCUUUCCUACACCCACGAGCACAAACGUGAGACUGUGCCAAAGAUAUGCGACCAGGUUGCUUCAUGUAGCUGAUGCGACAGCCUACAAAAAAAUUAUUUUAAAAAAAUUGAGUGAGACAAAGGCAUCAUAGUAAAGAGCUAAAGAGAGUGACCCUAAGUGUCAAAAUAAAACCCAAUGUGAUGUAUAUUCAUGCACUUAAGAUUAUUUUAUGCCACUUACACAAAAAACAUGGUUUAUUUCAAGAGCACUCAUAGUAUUUAAGAAUAAAUAUCUAAAAAAAAUGAUAAUUUUCAUGUUUAUCACAAUAGCGACAGAAAGGAAGCCGGGUCUGAGGCAAUAUUUCCUUCAUUUUGUUGUUCUUGCUGCAUAACGUAGACAUUGUUCCUGAAACUUGCUCAGUACCUCUGUUCACAAAGAUCAUAGCUAUAACCGGUAGUUGCCACACCUUCCUGUCCAUCAGACACUGUCAAAGAACUCUACAUGAACUGUGGGGUUAGAUCUCCUGUCCGUUGUGUGUGUCUAACCCGCUCACUCUACCCUCAUAAAGAUAUAAGCAAUUUGUUCCACGCGGACAACUCUGUACAAAGGUUAGAAAAUAUUUUAUUUUUUUUCCUUUUUCUUAAUUGAAGCAAUUUGACCUGCAGGACUUUCUCAGUUAUAUUGCAUGGGUGCUUGUAAAUAAGAUGAGAAGCAAAAUCUUUUUUAUUCAAAGAUUCAUGUAAGAUAAACAAUGUAUUUAGCAUGAAGCAUGACUUAUUUUCAUAUAAACCUUGAUCCUAGAGGAAAGGAAAAAAAAAACAUGUUUUUCCGCCAAUUCUUAUACCUGUGAUUACUAUGGAGUUUUGUUUUGUUUGUUUUUUUAAAUCCGCUUUUCUUUUUCUUUGGAGUGGGCUUUCAGUGGCAUGUCUUCAGGCAGGAACGUAGUAGAGCACUCUGCAAUUAGAGACCGCCACCCCCUUUGAGGGUGAAACCUCUAGGCUUUGGGUUUAAUCCAGGAGGAGCAUCUCUUUGGGGGUGUGGGGUGGGCUUCCAUCUACUUCAGCCUACAUGUUUUUGUAGGUUUUCUUUCUUUCAGCAUUUUAGUUUUCUAUUUUUUUGGAGUGGGCUUUCAAAGACACGUUUGAAAGCCCAAACCCCACCCCCAACCCCCUCCCCAGGGGUGCUAACGCUAAUCUUUGGGUUCUGACUAGCAGUAUAUCCUCUUUUGGGGAGGGUGGGCUUCCGUCUUGCUCUGCCUGAUUUUGUUUCUUGUUUUUUUAUUUUUAUUUUUCUUGUAGGUGUUCAGUGUUACCCCCCUGGUGUCACUUCAGUACAUGUCUGUGGAGUGUGUGAGUUAGUGUGUCCAAGAACACACGCACCCUUUAACGUUGUGCCUGCCUCCCUGCUUGCCCUCAGUCGCUCUAUUUACACAGCAGAGUGCCACUUAUAUUUAUUUAUAACAGUAUUGUUUUUGUUAGAUUUUUUUUUUUCCACCGUGUAGAUGUACAUGUGUCCUCAACUUUCCAUUGACAUUGUUCUGUGUAAAUGUAUGAAUCAGUUGGCCAUAGAAAACUGUCGAUUUCCUAAAAAAAAAAAAACUACCUUGCAGGGAAUAGAGAAAAAGAAAUAUUUGUUUUCUAAUUUAAAUACAGUAUUUUAAACCCUUUGAUUAAAAGAGGAGAGGUUUGCCAUUGUAGAGGGAAAACACAGUAGUGAAUGUCAAAGGGCAUAUAUUGCCAUUUUUGCAACUUUUCCUUCUCAUCUGUAUGCAGACUUGCAGCUCAUGAUAUUUAAAGACAAAAUCAAGAAAUUUGUAAAGAUUCUAAAAGGAAAACAUUGAAGAUGCAGCCAAACGUUCCCGAAGAGUAACGCCAAACACAGGCAUCAAUGUAUAACACAAUCCCACCAAAGGCAAAUGUAGUGAUAGCAAAGUCUCCAGCUCAAGUUCUUAAAGUGAAAAGUACAUUUAAUCCAGUGAGGAGGAGGAAGUCAGGAGGAAUAUUGUCUGAGAGCUAGGGCUUAGAGACCUAACAAACCGGCAAUCUAGGGAGGGGUUUAAAACAGUCUGUCACAAGCCCAGUAGGCCUGUAGUUCACCACAAUGGUGAAUGAGAGCUGGUGACAAAAACUGUUGCUAAUAAAACAAUUCAGGUGAGUAUUUUUUUUUUCCCUCCGUGUCUGUUCACCAUUGUUAAUCUGACGUGCACAGGCGUGUGUUAGCAGGUUCCACCCAACAACUUUGUCCCCACAUUAGCUAGCUGCUCAUGCAGUGUUGGUGAAAGUCUCUCUUUUCUUCAUACAAUCAGUCCACAACAGCAAUGUAGCAAAACUAAAAUUUAAUAACUUUGCUUUAUUUCCCUAAAAAAAAACAAAAAAACAUGCUGUUUCGUCCUAAACGUAUUUUUAAGCUUAUGUUACAAAUGUAGGCGAUGAAAGAGAAGUUAAAAUCCUGAUAUACGUUAAGUUAAUGAGUCUCUUCUUUGUUUGGCUCAGACAUGGAGAAAGAAAUUUGGUCACAGAAAAGGCUAGUUAUCAUGGAUUAAUACACUUUUCCACUAUGGUUAUUGAUCACAAUUUGUAGACAUCAGCAGGUGUUUUGUACUGACAGGAAACAGAAAAAAAGUAUAAAACAAAGCAUUUUCUUCUGUGACACUUUAUGCUCACAAACAACAGUAAGCUGCUGUUGACUCUGCUUGAGCUAUGUGGCGUAGCCAUUGCAUGAACUGUGUUUUUUUCCUCUGCUCUCAGUUUUGGGUUGUUCCUUCCCUUAAAUCAGAGAUAUCAAUAGUUCAUAAUCCUUGGACAAAAAGUGUUUCCAACAAUGACUUUUACAAAAGUGUUCACUUCAUCAUAUUGGCAAAAAACAAUGGACAAGCCAAUUAAGAUUAAUUUAUGUUUCAUUCUUCUAACAUUUCAAAGUUUUUAAAGUAUAUAAAUAAUGAUAAUAUUUGCCUUUUAAUAGUCGUUUAAUCAGAAAUAGUGUAAAACAUUGAAGAGGAGCGUGUCAAAAGUGCACAUUUUCUUUUGUCUGAGGAGAUGCAGCUGAGGCUGUUUAGCAGUCAGUUAGUUUUCUUUGAGCUGAAUAGACACUGAGCCAAUAUCAGCAGGCCGAGCAGGAAAAACAAAUGGAUGUCCCAUCCACCGGUACGCUCCUUUGCCACCUGUAGCAUGCAUCACUGGCUUUCCAUUCCGCGUAUAUGGAAAAAGGCUAAGAGGAGACGCUGUCGGGGUGUCUCGUUGUGUGCCAUCUGUCUCCCAUCUGAUAUCUGUCUGAGUGCUCCCACGGCCCUGGUGGAUCACACAGCUGUAUUUGAUGUAACAGCCCCACUCUUGCAGUAACAAGUAACCUGCUCACAUGGCAAGUAAAAAAGGAGGGUAUGUUGAUUUAACAACCACUUUUUUUCAGCGCGACCCGCUCUGUGGCAUGUAGUAAAGGUGAACUCUGGCCUUUAGGUCCUGGAAAAACGUCGAAUUUAUUAUUUCAGCAAAGAAAAUGCACAUCACUGCCUGAAAUGGCUCUCAAGACAAGUGUUUUCUUUUAAAACCUUCCAAACAAAACCCAUUAAUAAAGACAAUUCAUUGCAAUUUUAGUUUUUACUUGUGUUUUUAUUCAGUUGUUUUUAUUUGUGUUGCUGACAAAAUUCCUUACAAUACUGACAUUGUUUCUGUAGACUGUCUGAGCUGAAUCCUGGAAAGCCAUAGGUUCCAGAUGUCAAAAGUCAAAGCUGUCAGUGAUCUGCGAGAUGUGAUUCGGAGUACACCCAGGUGUUGGUUCAUUUUUUUUUUUUUUUAUCUCAGUAAGUGUUCAGUUUUCUCCUUAUCGUGCAAUCAUGUUGCCAAAGAAUGAUUUCAAGACCUACUUCAUCACUACAUGUAAAUAUCAACGUUGUCCAAUGCCGUGGCAAAAAAUAUAUAAAUGUUGUUUUCUUUUCUUUGUUGUUUUGUUUUCCAUUUUCUGAGAAACUACAAUGAUGUUUAUGUGAUGUAUUGUCUUCCAGUUGGUUGCAAUAAUAAAAAAUAUGAGUUGCA